CCAGCAUGAUUAACUUUGGCAACUUUAAACUAGGCGCGAAGCAGUUUGAGUUGGUGCGUAAACAUGAGAAUCAAAAUUUCAGUUCAUGGAGACAAAUUGUGAUGCAUAGGAUGGCAGUUGUAAGCGUUCAAUUUGGUCAAUGCGGGAAUCAGAUAGGACACGAGUUCUAUUCGAUGCUUUCAGAGGACGAACUAGUGAAAGUUGGAAGUGACUACGCGGAGUGUGACAGAUGGUUCAGGAACAGUGCAUUUCACAAUAUUCGGACAGCUAGGGCUGUUCUGGUUGAUACUGAACAGAAAGUAAUUCAUAAGGUUUCAGAGAAUGGUGUUAAGAAUCGGUGUAAUUGGCGUUACAGUACUGAAAAUGUUGUGGCAAGUGACGGGGGCGCUGGAAAUAAUUGGGCUUUAGGCUACGUUGAAAGAGGACCCAAAAUGAAAGAUAGGGUAAUGGAAUGUGUGAGAAAGGAAAUCGAGGAAGCCGACAGUCUGACAAGCCUUCUAAUUAUGGCUAGCUCGGCGGGAGGUACUGGUUCUGGUGUUGGCAGUUGCAUUGCAGAAAACUUAAAGGAUGAUUACCCCAACAAACAUAUUAUUAAUAUUUUAGUACUGCCUUACAAAAACGGAGACGUAAUUACUCAGAAUUACAACACUUUACUCACCUGUGCAAAAUUAUAUGACGUUUGUGAUAUGCAUGUACUGUUCCAAAAUGAUCAUCUGUAUAAAAUGGUUUCAAAUCUUAUAAAAACGAAAGAUAUCAACUUUAACGAUUUAAAUGCACUUAUAUCACUAAAAAUGAUGGCUGUAUUCCAGCCUGUAGAGAGGGGUGCAUGUUCCACAUUGCCAGAUAUUGUUUCCCAGUUAACACCUCACCCAGGGAUGAAGCUGGUAACUUUUAAGAGUGCUCCUCAUACUUCGAAAGAAACUGCACAAUACGAAAGCAGUUUCCUUUGGGAGAAUUUAAUACAGCAUCUGCUACAAUCAUUUCGUGUGAGCUCUGUUGGAGGGCAUAUCAUGAGUGACUAUGAAUGUAAAGCUCCAUCGCGGCAUUAUAGUUCUCGCUCUUCAGAAAUGAAAUUUUCCCCAUGCAUAUCAAAUAUGCUUUUUACAAGAGGGCCAAUGCCAGAAUUAUCACGAACAGAGAGAGCUAUGUUAUGUGAUCCUUUAAUGUACAAAAAAUGGGUUCCUGCCUCAAUGAGGUAUGUCCACUGUCACAGCAAUAAAAGAUUAAUGGGGACUGAAAAGUUUGCCACCCUUGCAUCUAACAAUAUGUUGAUGUUUGUCCCAAUUGAUGAAGUACUUGACAAGGCAUGGAAUAUGUAUACAUACAAAGCAUAUUUACACCAGUACAAGAAGUACAGUGUAACAGAGGAUGACUUUAUUGUGGCCUUUGCUAAAUUAGAAAGUAUUGUCAAAAUGUACAAAGAUAUAGGAUAAUCUAUUUCUGGAAUUUGUUACUGAUCCUUUUUUUUUUUCUCCACAGAAAAACAUACUAAAGAAAAUUUCCAUAAGGGCAUAAUUGUUUUUCUUGUAAUGAAAUGUGUGUUGUAAAUGUAGCACACCAUUAAACAAUAUACUUGCUUCAUAUAAAUGUAGUAUAGUAUUAAACAAUAUACUUUCUGCAUAGUACCAUUCUAAACUCUAUACUGACAAAGGGAAAUUACUGUUGCGAAUAUAAGCUAUGUCAACGUGGAAAGAUGUUUGUCGUUUUAUUUUUUGUUGGUGUUUGUAAAUUAAAUGUUGAAGCUAAUCCAAAUAUGUCUUUAAUUACACAGCUUUAAGAAACUAUAGAUUACAAGCAACAUAUAUGUAAUUAGUGACUUCUAAAACCUCAUUAGAGGCAAGCUCAUCUCACCCAUGCAGCUGAACUUACUUCGCUGUCAUUUCCUGUGAAACAUUUACUGUUGAAUUGUUCAAAACUUACCUUUAGGUGGGCUGAGAUUGUAAUUUCAUAUAUGUAAGAGGUGGAGGUGUGAAACAUUACUUAAUAGUAUGGUAUAUUCAACAAGAAAGUGAUGCAGUGGCCUUCACAUAGUUUUCACUGUUAAGUGUUCGUAUAACUUCUAGUGAUGAGUGCAGAGCACUUUAUGGAAAUGAGUUUGUGCUUAUGUACAUGAACUCUCUGAACUAUCUUACUUUUUUUUCCUCUUUCUGUGCUCAGAUUACACAUGGACAGAAGUAUCAGAGCAGACGAUCCUUUGACGGUACUGUCAUUUACUUGAAGGAUAUAUUUGACCAAACAACAGAAAAUGGAAACCCUUCAAAAUGAAUAUAAAUAAUUUAGGAACAAAGGUGACAAUUCACUUCAGACAAAUGCUCCACAACUUUCAUUAUAAACUGCAGUGAUUACCUGAUAGAAGUCAUCUGCCAACUGUCUUGACUCCUCCACCUACAAGCAGUGCUGUAGUGACUCCAUCCUGUAAGUGCAGCAUAGCCUCCAAUUCCAAUCCUUACACCUAUCCUACAAUCUGUCCCCAGUAUCCAUCUCCCUCCUCACUUCAAUGACCCCCCCCCCCUCCUGCACACACUCCCCCACCUUCUACAUACUUUUCAACAUCUAACUCUGGAUGCUCCUUUUUAGCUGAUUACUCUGCUCCAACGAAAUAAUAUUUACUCAUGUUAACCAACACCUCCAGCCAAUUGCACAUAGCCUAGGCUCCCUUACCACCUAGAUCUCUGCUCAUCAUUGUUGCUGUCCCCUCUCUUUACACCAACAUGCACUAUGCCCAUCACUUGGCUGCUCACACACACUCUCUCCCAAUGUCCUUUUGACUCACAACUCACUACCUCAUUCUUUAUACAUCUAACUAAUUACAUCCUUACACAUAACUAACACUCGUUUGAAUGGAAGGCAUAAAUAAAUCCAUGGCACAGCCAUCACAGUAACUGCACGACGCCAUCCUCUGCUGUCCUGUUAAUGGGUCAUGUAGAGGAAACCUACUAGGUAACCUAAAACCCCUAGUUCAGGUUCAGUGAUAUUUUGAUGAUCUGAACUUAAAAUGCUAAGGCAUCCACCCACAUUCCUACCCACCCUCAACACUUCCUCAACUCAAGUGCCACCUUCCUGGAUGUUGACCUCCACCUCUCUGAUGAUUCAUCCAUACCCCUCACCAUAUCAAACCUGUUACACAUGAACAGCACCUGCAUUCUGAUUCAAAACAAAAAUCACUUCUAUAUAGUCUGGCCAUCCUCCUACUGUGUAUCUGCAGUGCCAAGAAUUCCCCUGCCCCAUAUGCUGAAUAUCUUGCUUAAGGUUUUCAUAGACAGUCAGUAGGCAACAGUCUGAUUGCCCAUAUUGUACACUGUAACAUCCAUAAUACUCAGAUCACACUGAUGAACCAGAUGCAAAGGGGCACUCUCCUCAUCACCCAUUAUCAUAUUUUUCACCAUGGUUUAACUGUUUCUCAUCGUGUCAUAAAAUGAAGAACAUCAUUGCGACAAUCCUUCCUACCUCUCCUAAAGCGGUAUUCUGCUGACCAUCCAAUGUAUGCAAUAUCCUUAUCGGGCAUACCCACUGCCAAAUCCUUGCCACAUGGGUCACAUUUCUGUGGAAGACCCAUAUCUCUCUCUCAUAUACUAGCUCUGCUGGUCUUUCAAGCACAGCAAUUUAUGUGAACAUGACACCAACCUGUUGUCCACUCAAGUGAAUAGCCACCACCAAACUGUGGCCAAGAGCAGAUUUGACCACCCAAUGGCAGAACACACUGCUGUUGAUUAAACAAAUUAGAUUUCAAUGACUGGCGUACAACCACCAUCUGGAUUCUCCUCAGACUAGCAAGUUAUUGUUCAACAGUUGAAUAAUUUGUGGACAAGAUUGUUCAAUUGUAAAAGCGUAGGUCUGUUUUUAAGUAAAAUUAAAUGACAAGUUUUCAAAUCUCCCACUGAAUUAGUUCACAGCUUUGUGGUUAAAAUUCCUGUUGGCAGAGCUGCUGCUUACUCAGCCCAGUAUUCUGAACAUGUUUGGCUUGACACACAUGGCAUAUGCUGCUGCUAGAGUAUCAAAACAUUCAGCAUCAGUCUUAGACCCUGUACUUACAGAUAUCAACAGGAAAAAUUAUAAGGUAUUUGUAAAAGAUUUGCCUCUGAUCAUUAUUGGCAGAUUAAAAAGUUAGACAGUCCUAGUAGAACACUCAAAACUGCAGGCCUACAAAAGCCUCUUGGAGCACAAAAUACAUACAUUCUGAAGGACAUUAGCAAAUAAAACUAGGAUGAAGUGUGUAUUGAGAACAAUGUAUAAGCAGUAGUCAAAUGAAAUGAGACAUAUCGAAAGAAAGAAAGUAAGUAAGUAAACUAUAUUGUGAGGCAUGUUCAGAAAUUGUAUGUACUCUGACUAACAGGCUAUUCCCCCACCCUCUCCCUAAUGGUUGGCAUCACUGGGUGGUAGAAGAGGGGGAGGGGUGUUAUGAACCACCCCUAAAAUUUCCCUGACUUGGCACCUUUAGAUCCUCUUUUCAUCUCCCUGAAGGUACAUAUGAGUGGAAUUAAAUUUGCAAAUGAUGAGUACUACAGAAAGGGGUUUUGAAGUGGGGGAAGGAGCUGGUGGGAGAGUUCUUCAAGGAGUAUAUAAAGAAGCUUGUGACAUGACUCGCCACUUGCACUGAAUGGGAUGGUGAUUAUCUAGGAAAAUGGUCAACAGUUGUAUUAACAAUAUCCUGUAAUUUUUUUAAAUACACUUUUUCUGAAAAAAUAAAAUAAAAAUCUAGUAUUCUUACUUUCUGAAUGUGCCUUGUAUUUGAAAACUAAUCUCCACAACUGUUAGUACAUUUAUCCCACUGUGAGACAAGAUGGUCAAUGCCUUCAUGGAAAAAUGUUUGCGGUUGCCUACACAACCAUGAUUGUACCCAAGCGUGCACCUCUUCAUCCAAUGCAAUAUGAUGGCCACGAAUGUCUGUCUUCUGCGGCUCCAAAAACACAGAAAUUGUAUAGGGAGAGAUUGGGACUGUAUGGACGAUUUGUAAGGGUUACCUAGUGAAACUUAAUGCAGCAUAGUUGAAACGACCUGGACAACUCGUGGGCAGUAUUAAUGGUUUUGAUUACUUGUGAAAUAAUAAGCAGUUUAUUUAUAUUUUUCCCAUCUGUCUCAUUUUCAUUUGACUGUCCCUUAUAAAUGCUAACUUCUCUAAAUUCUGCACAGUGCACGGAUGGAAAAAUACUUAGUAAAAGCCAUUGUUUUUCAGACUGGUCAGUUUUAGUCUGUAUUUUUCAAGAUGGAUUGAAACAUUACAAAAUGACAUUAAAAAGGCUGUGCGUUUCAACUUGAACAACCUUGGCACCAGAUUCUUGGUCUCUGUAUUGGGAAUGUUAUCCAAUUGCAGUUAUUGAAAAUAUGAAGAUAUUAAAUAUAAACUUCAAGGUAAGUCUGAAAUUUUAGGUUUCUUGGGGCUUAAUUGCUGUAGAGGAGCAUGCUUCUACUUAGAAGCACAGACAAGUUAAAGUGAGACAGUUCUUCACAGUUACAUUAGUAUUUCACCCAAUUUAGAUGUAGCAGUGAUGGUAUAAUUUCAUCUCCCAAAGCUACACCAUCAAUUUAGCUUUAUUCUGCUAGACAAGCUGUUUCAAAGGCAGAGUAAAUCUGAUGUUUGAAAUGAUUAGAAGGAACUUUGCUGUUCAGUCAGCUUGUGAAGACAUCAGAGAAACUUUCGAUGCAGUGUUUCCUGGAAGUGUUCCUUUUGAAUUAAUUGUUUCAAGGACAAAGGCAAGAUCUGAUGAUUUAGCUUCAUAUUUUAAGAAGUAGUUGGUGGAUGAUAUUGGAGGAGCACAUUUCCCUCUGUUUUGCUAAAACAGUGAAUGCAGCUUCAAAUUGUAGUUAAACUGAUUUCAGACAUAUGAUUAUGACAUGACGUGACCUCUACAUACUUUCUUUAUUGGUAAUAGUAAGGGGGAAAUGGCAUUGUACACUGGGACAUGAAAAUUUUAACAACCUGAAUAUGUUAUGUAACCAUCACAAAGCGAAUGGAUUAUCAGCAAAUUUAGAAUUUUAAUAUUAUAUUUGUGUCUAUUACUACAUUGCUUUUAUUUUUUUAGUAUGUAUUAUUUUGUCUUUCAAUGAUGUUUUGCUGCAAGUAGUACCCCUCUGUAUAUCUUCUUGUACCACUUAUAGUAACCUAGUGUUUCUGUAAAGCAGUGAGAAAUUUAAGUGUUUAGGAGUACUUUCUAAUACCUGAAGUUGUAUAUUUUUCAUAACUGAUGCUUUUGAAGUGACUACUUUUCAAAACUGUGAAUGCAAUUUCCUCAAAAGUUUAUUUAAGCAAAAAAUUAAAAUAAAUAAAACAAUAAGGAGGGAUGGAAACCAAACUUGAGACUAAAAUUACUGACUUAAUGUCUAUUUUGAUUACGGAAGUUGACUGUUACUGAUUUGGACAUUAAAAAAUAAAAAACAGAUUAACUACUGAAUCAAAUUUAUUGUUAGGAAAGUGUUUUUUGAUCUGGUCUCCUCCUUUACCUUAGUCAG